AUGCAGGAGCUGCCCCUCGGCAUCGGCAGCCUUUCCUCCGCAAUUGCUCAGGAAGCACGGAUACUCUGGAGAGAUUGGAGCCCAUCGCUUGAGAGGGGGGGGAAACGAAAUUUCGAUGGCCGGGGGACUCGACCUGGUCAGCACAAUCUCGUGCCUUUUGACUUUGGCUUUGGCUUCUUCUGCUGCUCUUCUGGAUCUUUGAGUGGGGGAGUCAGCGAUGCUAGAGGAGUACUUAGUACUCGUAGCACCAAGGGAAAGGGGGGCAGCUUAGUCAUGGCCAUGCCUCAUUUCCUUCCCUCCACUGCUGGAAGGGCUCGACGGAGGGAGCGGGCCGUAGCUGGAGUCAUCGGUGACGUUGCUGGCAUUGCAGCUUCUUCCCUUGACGACAGCAGAAUUGAAGACACAGGCCAGAGAAACAAGAUGACAGAAGAAGAUCAACAAUUGAGACAGACGGGAGGCGUCGUCUCAGUACGAACCGCAAACCCAGCAUGGGCGCUGCGGAUUUCGGAACAGGCAAUGCCCAUCAUGGCCUUGGCUGACUCUGCUCCUCAGCUAUUGAGCGCGCUAGACCAGCUAGUCCCGAAUCUUGCUCUCCAGCUGGCCAUGGCAAAGCCCAACGGCCGGCGAAUUGCGAGCACGGAGAUGCCCUACGGAUUCACAUGCCGCAAGGUUUUUGGCGUGCGAUUGAUCGUCCGUCUUUUCCCACCACUCGGCAAGAUGGGAGAAGAAAACGAAGAAGAAGAAAAAGAAGAAGUAGAAGAAGCAGAAGAAGAGGAAGAAGCCAGCAGAACAAGGCAGAGAGCAAAGACGAGAGGGGAAACCAAGGUGGUGUUCCAGCAUGUUCGCCAUGGCCAUUCUGCCUGUCUCAGACAUGCAGCGUGA